GUUCUAACUGCUAUGAUGACGGUAACAUGUGGUCUACUCAAACUCCAAACCAGAAGUGAUGUAGUUGUUCGUUGUGGUUCAUGUGAUCCAGAGGGUCUCGCGGUGACCCUGACCCCAGACCAGGGCACGACUUUCAACAUCAGCAGGAGGGAGCUCACAGGGUCAAAGUGCGCGGUGUGCUCCGGUGGAGGUCUCCGGAGGUCAUGCUCUUCUUCUGUGGUGCUGAGGGGCCCGGAGGCCACGCCCGUGGAGUUCACCUGUCCUAGCCCCGAGGGGCUCUUCACCGUCAGAGUCAGCAGAGAAAUAGUGUGUACCUCCAGCUCCUGCAGUGAGGAUGUCAGACAGACAGACUCAGGCAGCAGGCCUCUGCAGAGCUUCGCCCGGACCUUCUCCUGGACCCUGAGGGCCUCCGGACCCAGUGCCCUCCUCCUGGACGUGUCCCCCACGGGGCUGACCCAGAUCCAGCCUGCGCAGGCUUGUCCCGACCAGCACACCUACUCCCUCCAGGCCUUCCAGAGCACGGGGACGGUGGUUCUGGGAACCUACUGCCGAGGAGGCUCCGUGAGCGGGGUGCAGCUCCCGCGUCUGGGCCAGCUGUCCCUGGAGGUCCCAGGCGGGGUGGAGCUGGAGCCGGCCGUUUUCCCCGUGGCUGUCGGAGAGGACAUUAAAUCCCUCGCCGUCGUCACGGUAACCGCUCCCGGGGGGACCUUGUCCACGGAGCUGUUCUCCCCGAAUUACCCCGACGGUUUCUCUGACGACGACCUGAUGGAGUGGCGAUUCGCGGUCCAGCCCAAACACAGCAGCUCCAUCACCUUCCUGGCUGUCUCACGGCCGCGCUGCCUGAAGAAGGAGGCCGGGGUGGGGUACCAGCGGAGCAGCUCAGGGGUCCUGGUCCUGGGCCUGGACGACCCCCAGCCCACCAGGCUAACAGGCUCCUUCUCCCUGACCCUGAGGAACUGUGAAGUGGACCUGAAGCAUCCUGGACUCUCCCUGCACCUCCUGGUGUCCACCACCAGGGGGAGCCCCCCAGCGCUGUGCAGGGUGGACCUGAGGAAUAGGAGAGGCUUCUCCAUCCACGUGGAGAAGACGCCCCAGGCCGGCCCAGACUGUGAGCUGAAGCUGAACUCUGACGUCCUGCAGGAGGCCACAGCUCUCUCUGGCAGCGUCGCUCUGCUGGCCUUCCAGUCCUGCCUUCCUCACCACCUCCUGCUCACAGCCAGCAAGCUCAUAGAAUGCAGCGUUCUGAAAGACUGUCCAGCUGUGCCGUUGACGAUCCCCCCCAUGCCCUCGUGCUUCCCCACCCCCCUGCACCGCAUCACCUGGCUGGUCCGCCCCCCCCGGCACGCCGCGGUGGAGCUGCUCCCUGGUGGAGGGCUGACGCAACUACACCCCGGAGACCACCAUCAAUGCCAUGGCAACGUCACGCUCACAGUUGCCGAGGGCGAUGGCACCCCCAUAGGCCAAUUUUGCCCCCAGGGGGCGGUGGGUAAGGUCCAGGUGUAUGCCAACAUGACCAUCACAGCCAACGCCCUCGAGGGGAGCGAUUUACGCCUGACCUCUGACCCCGUGAUCAACAUCAGCUUCAGCCAGAGGAUCUCUGAACGGUACAUAUUCACCGUGUCUCUGAAGACGGCCAGGCCCCUCCUCCUGUCCACCCCUGGCGGGCCAGCGGGGAUGAAGCCCAACGCCACCGUCUCCUGGAUGGUGACCGUGCCCCCCCAGGUGCACGCCGUGGUGACCUUCCUGGAGGUGUCCCAGCCCAGGUGCAGCCGGCUGCACACCAACAUCCAGGUGCAGUGCCUGGGCUCUCUGGAGGAGAUGUACAGCCGCCGCGAGGAUGAGGAGCCCAGCACACACGUCACAGUCACACGCAGCUUCUACCUCAACAUGUCCAACUGUCACCCGGAGACUGGGGUCUUCAAGGCUGUCAUGGAGAUCACCCUGCGUGAGGACAAGCUUGUGACGACCAUCCUGGGCGUGGUGGGGGCUCUGCUGGUUGUCACGGUGACCGGUCUGGCUGUGGUGUGCUUGGUGAGAAGGUGAGGCAGGCCGUCAGGAAAAAGAAGAAGCAGCUUCCUCCCCGGGUGUCCAUCUACAACCCCAACGGGACCAGCUUCCUGCCUGGUCUCCACGCCAACCCCAAACUCCACGAGGAUGACGAG